AUGGCCCGUAGCGCUGCUGCCCCCUCUUCCAACCCCGACGAACAGGACAACUCAUAUGCUCAGGAUGCCAAGGCGAGUAAGCGGCGUUGUGUUCAAUCAGCCUGUGUCCCAUGCCGCAAACGCAAGUCCAAAUGUGAUGGCGGCACUCCCGUCUGCGCAACCUGCACGGCUGUUUACAAGACUGAAUGCCAUUACGAUGCUGAGAGCGAGAGUCGCCGCACAAAAUCCGGCCUCACUACCACAAACAAUGCAGGUACCAAGCGUGAUGCUUCCCGCGCCGCUACCUCUGGCCCCGAAGAUGUCUCCAGCGCAGAGUACAUGAUCAAUUCGUUGAGGAAACUGCCCGAAGAAAAUGUAUACGAAUUUAUUCAGCACAUUCGAAAGGACCCGAGCCUUGACACCCACGCCCUGGCCGAGCAAUGGCGCAAGAACGAGACACUGUCUCCUAACACGCCCGUCGACGUGCAAAGCCUCGAGUCCGAGCUAAGUGUGCUACUUGGAAAGCCGACUGUGACUAUCACCGGCCAAAGUAGACACUUUGGACACUCUGCUAGCCUAGGUCUCGUUCCUGAAGAAGAAAACUUCAGUGGCGGUCGUCUGCGCACGAACAUGGUAAAGCCUGAGCGUCAAGGUUCGACAUGGACGAAUGUAACCGACGACAUUGAAUUCGUUGAGAAGCUGCUUGAUCUCUAUUUUACCUGGAGUCAUCCAUUCUACGUCCUAUUCAGCCGAGAGUGCUUUUAUAAAGAUUUCAAAGCCGGUCGGGACAAGUACUGCUGCUCAUUGCUUGUCAACGCCAUAUGCGCAUACGCCUGUCACCUUACAGACGAUCUUGCAGGCCGUACCGACCCGAACAACUUCCGCACGGCGGGCGACCACUUCUUUGCUGAGGCUAGACGCAUGCUAUUUGACGAUGAAACCCCGAGUCUCACGACGGUCCAGGCGCUAUGUAUCAUGUCAAUGCGGGAGCCGAGCAAAGGAAGGGACAGUUCAGGCUUUGGCUACAUGGGAAGAUGUAUCCGCAUGUGUGUCGAACUUGGGUUACAUCUAAAAUAUGGUGCUGAUGCCACUCUCAACUUGACUCCGAGCGAAGUCGAAGUCCGAAAGGUUACCUUUUGGGGCUGUUUUACCGUAGAUACAAUCUGGACUAUUGUCAUGGGUCGUAUUUCCCAACUUCCCCGAGCCGCCAUUACUCUCGACAAGCCCAUACUUGAAGAGGCUCCCAGCCCUCCUGAGGCAUACCCCAACGCUUCACAUGCUCCAGCUGGUAUAGUGACUACCCGCUUGUUUCUGCAAGAGUUUUCUUCGCUUUCAGAGCUCGUAAAUGACAACAACUACAUGUUCUUUGCGCCAAAAGAUCAACUAACCAGCCUAAAAUUGUUGGACUGUUACCGCAAGUAUCAGAACUGGUACAAGAAGCUACCACUUCCAAUGAGGUUAGAGGGCAAGAGGCAACCCGAACCACAUAUCAUAGUGCUACACAUGCUAUACUAUAACAUCGUUGUCCACCUCUUUCGCCCGCUACUCAAAGUCGACCUCAUCCACUCGGAUGUGCAACCUCGGGCCAUCUGCAUCAAUGCAGCCAAUGAAGUUUCAGAAUUAGUGAGGCUCUACCGAAAAUUAUAUAGCUUCCGAACAGCACAUCUACUCAUACCACACAUUCUUCUCACCGUCAGCGUUGUACACUUGCUGUAUUCCAAAGACAAUGAGACCUCUCGAAAGAAUCUUGUUGAGAGCUUGCAAGGCCUGGAGGAUCUUCACGAAUGUCACUACUUUGGUGCAAGAAGCUUCCGGAUAAUAUACACUUUGGCUAACACGUGGAAUCUACCUUUCCCUGACGAGUUGCGCAAUUCUCAAUUGAUACCAAAGAGCGACCCAGAUAAACCAGUUGGCACAGUCAGUCCUCCGGCAGACCCUCUUCUAAUGGCGCCAAAUUCUCGGACCAUAACUGGGAAUCGCAUAGGACCUGGGCGCAUCCAUCCACUACCGCCUCAAAGGAGGGAGAGCUUGACGAUGUUUGCUUCUCAGAACCGGUUGCAAUUAGCCACCCACCUUGCAAACUCGCGACCCAGCAGUGUAGUCUCCAACCAAAGCCACCAGUCCCCUGUUGUUGGCCACACUCCCAUCCAAGACGUCUACAAUAGCUUGCCAAUAUCAAACUACCAGUACCCGCAGUCCGUCUCCACAUCAGCCAACAUACCCACGACAAUGACAUCGCCCACCCCAGACACAGGUGAAGGCAUAUUUUGGAAUCCAAUACCAGGCUUGCCAGGGCCGAUACUACCACGCCACAGCUACCAGCAAAUGAGCCCCAUGGGACUGGAAACCGUACUACACACAACCGACCCCGAAGACCGAAUCAACCGCCAAGGCUUCAAGUUCGUCGACGAUUGGCAAUCCAGCCACAUGAACAACUACCCGGGCGUUCAAGGCGGCGUAUACGACGGCUCCAACAACCACGGUGGCAACAGAGGGUAUACCCACCCGAAUAACUUUGCACCGCCGCAGGAUAACACGGCGUACACACAAGGCGCGCAUGAUGGACAUGCACAAGAGAGUUACGACGCGGGAUGGUGGCAAAGUCCGAAUGGUAGCUCUGGGCCCAUAAGCUGA